GCCGUUUGUGAGCUAAGCUAACCUGUAGCCGUUUGUGUGCUAAGCUACCCUGUAGCUUAUUCUUCACAAUGGUGGAUUUAAUCACUUUUAAAGCCCAGGUGAAGAUCAUCGUUAAUAACUUGACUCAGACGCUAAUGGCGCAGAUUUAUACUGCGGCGGAAAAAACGACGUUAAAUAUACAAAGUCCCAAAGCUCAGGAGACACUGGGAGCUCUGGUUGACGCUCUGUGUGUUGAAGCUGUGGAGAACAUCUUGCAGAUGGUGGAGGCGGCUGUGGACCAGCAGGAGGAGACUCCAGGAGACCAGAGGGAUCCUUCUCAGUCUGAUGUGAUGGAGACGCAGAUUCAUCAAGGCGCCAACGCUGGUGUUGAACAAACCUACAUCCUGGUGUACGAGAGCGCUGCUGUGGACCCCCCCGAGCGUCUGCCGGACCCCCUGCAGGGCGGCGCCCAGGCUGCUGGUGAAGAUAGAUCCACUGAGGUCCCAGGUGGAGUGAUGACUCUCACUGACUCCGCCCCCGACCACGAGUACGCUCAGGCGUCCUCCCCCCCGCCCGGCCCCCCCGCAGCAGGGGAGGGGCCUGCAGCACACAGCAGGGAGCAGCGCCACCGUCGCAGGGAGAAAGACACAACGACUACACAAUCACCAGAGAUUCACCACCAGUGCUCCCAGUGCAGGAGGUUGUUUCCAAACUCGGAGCGCCUCUCCGCCCACCGCAGGAAGUCUCACCCGGCGUGUUCCGUGUGCAGGCAGCAGUUCACUGGCGUGCUGAAGCUGCGUGAGCACGAGCGCAGAGAGCACGGGCUGCUGCCGCACGCCUGCGACUUCUGUCCCAAGAGAUUCAACCACACAGCUCAUCGCAACCUGCACGUGAAGGCACGCCACACGGGAGAGAAGAGCUGCCACUGCGACGUCUGUGGGAGGGGCUUCUCCUGCGUCAGCGUGCUGAAGACGCACAGGGUGACGCACUUCGACAAGACCUUCAUCUGUGACAUCUGUGGGAAGAGCUUCCAUCACGCCUGCCACCUGACACGCCACGAGCUGGUGCACCAGGACGAGCGGCCGCACCGGUGCUCGCACUGUGGGAGGGGCUUCACCCAGGCCGCCAACCUGCGCAGCCACCAGGCCGUCCACACCGGAGAGCGCCAGCUCUGCUCCGUCUGUGGGAGGAGCUACCGCUGCCUGAAGAACCACGUCAUCAGCAAACACUCGCAUGAGCUGCCCGCCGACCAGCUGCCGGCCAGAGACAGCGUCACAUGUGAGGUCUGCGGCAAGAAGUUCCCCAACCUCCCGCAGGUCAAAGUUCACCAGAGGAGCCACACGGGGGAGAAGCCGUUCCACUGCGACCUGUGUGGGAGGAGCUACCGUCUGCAGGAGCGGCUGAGGGACCACAGGUCCACACACAGCGGCUCGGAGCCCUACAGCUGCUCGCUCUGCUCAAAGACCUUCAACAUGGCGUCCAGCUUCCUGCGGCGCCGCAGCAUCCACGGGGGGGAGACGCCGCACAGCUGCCACGCCUGCGGCAAACGCUUCCGCCUCCUCGCCUUCCUCAAGGCUCACCUGCAGACCAAAGGUCACCUGAGACGCACUCAGCAGAGGCCUGCUCCUCUGACCUCUGACCUCUGACCAGCAUGUCACAUGACCAAAAGCAUGUGGACACUCAGACGUAACAGUUCAAUGGGAUUCAUCACAGACAUGGAGGCCACGCCCCCACCUCCAACACCUCUGGAUCAGGUUGGAUGAUCUGACCUCUGACCUUCGCCAUCACAUCACUA